ACCGGGACCUCCGGUUGAACCAUACUGUUGGAAUUGAGGUAAUUCUAAUAGUACAAUUGAUCAUUCACGAAGUAACGUCACAUGAAUUGCAAACUGCGCCGGUUAUCAAUGUGGCACAUGCAACUGAAAAUCAUUCUACACGACCGACAUCGCAACCGCAAUUUCGGGCCGGCGUGAGUGCAGGCAAGCUGUUCUACAUGCCAUCCUCGUCUAGCCAUGUUCGUUUCUGACAAACUGAUCGAUAUAUUAUUGUCUGUAUAUAUUUCAGCGAUCAUGGCGAAAGAGAGCCGAACUGGUCCUAAGUCGACACAUAUUGUCUAUCUUAGAUGGGUUGUGUCAUUCAAUCCUCUUCAUCGCCGAGAUGCUCUAUAGGCUCUUUCGCAAUAUCUAUCUGAUUUCUGCUUACCUCGGCACGCAUUAUGUUGACGCCGAAGAGUUGCUUGGUAUCACGCACCAAAGCCCGGAACGUGCAUUACCUGAACUUGGGCCUCCUUACAGUGGCUUCAAGUUUGCUCAGGAUGGUGAUUUAAUUCCUUUAGGCUCAUCGACAACUGCGCGAAAUGCGCCAAAUCCCCUUCAAAGGAGACAGAGGGAAGAAGACCCGACAACAGGGGCUUUGCUAUGUAUGAAGGCACCGUGUGUCGAUGGCAGUUGUUGUGGUCCUGCGGGCAUUUGCGGUUACGGGCCAGACUUUUGUGGUACGGGUUGCACCAGUAACUGUGAUGCAAAAGCUAUGUGCGGCAGAUAUUCAGUGAAUGGUACCGAGAGCUGUGGUAUGAAUAUAUGUUGCAGCUGGGGUGGUUGGUGCGGUACAACGGAAGCUCACUGUAUACAAGCCAACCAGUUCACGCCGUGCCAGGUUGGUUACGGCCAAUGUGAAAUCAUUCGCCCCAAACUAUGUGGCGAAGACUCGGGAACAACCAAAGGUCGCUCUAUUGGCUAUUAUCAAGCAUCCAACUCGCGAGAUCGAAUCUGCAACCGGAUCACACCGGAUCAGAUCCAGACGGACGGCUAUACCCACCUAUUUUUCGCCUUUGCCUCGGUUGACCCCAAGUUAUUUACGAUUAAGCCAUGGGACGAGAAUGAUAUACCUCUGAUGACGGCCUUUACUGGACUUAAAACUUCAACUUUACAGACAUGGAUUGCUGUUGGUGGCUACGAUUUCAGCGACAAAGAUAAGCCAACGCAUACAACCUGGAGUGACCUUUGCGCCAAUGCGGAUAGCCGUGCUACCUUCAUCAGAUCCGCCAUGGCCUACAUGGACCAGUAUGGCUUCCAGGGCAUGGAUCUGGAUUGGGAGUACCCUGUAGCUCCCGAACGCGGAGGCCAACCUGGAGAUACGCAAAACUUUGUGAAGCUGGUAAAGGAGAUGAAGGAGGCAUUUGGAACCAACUACGGCUUGAGUCUGACACUGGCACCGGACUACUGGUACCUCCGUAACUUCGAUCCGAAAGCCAUGGAGCCUUACGUGGACUUUUUCAGCUUCAUGGCUUAUGAUCUACAUGGCUCCUGGGACAGCGACGUGUUAGCUUUGGGUGCGCUUGUUCGCGGCCAAGCCGAUGUUCGAGAGAUUUAUAACGACACUCUACCCCUAUUCUACGAUGCUCUCGAUCCUUCCAAGAUCAACUUCGGCUUAGCCUGGUACGGCCGCGGUUACACACUUUUUGACCCAAGUUGCAAUCAGCUCCUGUGUCCUUUUAAGGGACCCAGCAAGGCGGGAAAGUGCACAGGGACUCCAGGGGUCAUGUCACUUCGUGAAGUCCAGCAGCUUAUAGCCGAGAAGGGCCUUAAGCCGAGGCUCAAUAACGAGUCUUUAAUGAAAGAGCUAUCGUGGGCAGACCAGUGGAUAGGGUAUGAUGACGAAGAAACACACGCCCUGAAACGAAAAUUUGCCAAUAACCUCUGUUUUGGUGGAACGGUGGCGUGGAGUGUCGAUUUUAACUCAGGUCCCGGUGACGGAGACCAGCCGCCUGUAUCCACAGAUGGUAGCUGUGGAUCCGGCAGUGGUGGUAAAGUAUGUGAGGGUAGCGGAUUUGGAGAUUGCUGCUCGGCUCAUGGAUUCUGUGGCAGUACUUCUGACCACUGCGGGAAUGGGUGCCAGAGCGGCCGAUGCUUUACCGGCGGCGAGACCACUGACGGAACCUGCGGCGCCGGUUAUAACGACAUUGUCUGUGGCCUAUGGCCUCAGGGGAGUUGCUGCUCUCCGGCGGGCUUUUGCGGCCGUUCGGCAGAUCACUGCGGCCCUGGCUGCCAGAGCGGACCAUGCUGGCAAGAUCCAGAUGGGAAAGGUUCUGGUGAUGUUUACAUUGAUAAUACCGUCUACGUCCAGCCUAGUCCUACAGUUCAAUGCUUUCCUCCCUGUACCUUAGUGUUUCCUCCAUCUACCAUGCCGACAGCCACCACGUUAUCUUUUGCGCCCUUCACGACUGCUUUGACUAUUGGCAGUUCUGUGGCUACAACAGUGCUCAGGCCUUCACCAGUAACGACAAGUGUCAUCUGGUUCUCGAACCUACCCAUUUCCUCUGGGCAGGAUACCGGCACCUUUGCGCUCACAACCAGCGUCGUUCCAUCUCCCAUAACAAUCAGCCUAAACGGCCUGACCAGUACAGUCAAUUUCUCAGCUAUUGCGCCGAUCUUUGACACCACCAGCACGACGCCAAUAUACUAUACCCUCCCAACCACCUUGUACUCAACAAAAGGCACCACGCAGUAUUUCUCGGAAGAUCAGAUUACUACGUUGAGUGGCUUAACAGAAAUCUCUACGAGCACAACUGUAUGGGUAGAUAUUGAAACCUCUACAACUUCUUCUACCAGUACUACUUCUACUUCUACUAGUACUACUUCUUCUACAGUUGUCCCAAUCAUCAUAGGGCCAGGUGGCUUUUAUUGGUCUCCUAUUCCGUUCCCGACGGGACCCAAGUUUCCCAUUCCAAAUUUGCCCUCACCUCCGCCUAUUCCGAGCCCUUCUUGCUUCAAGUAUCACACGGCCAAGACUCCAGAACCGAAGAUAACCGAUGCUACCCCUAGAGGAAAGUGAGGCUAUAAGCGAUUGGAUAAGGAUAAUCUAUUAGCUAUAAAAAGACUAACAGUUAAAGCAUAAAUGCCUAACAGACAAAAGGGAGUUAUAAAUUGUAUAAGGCUUAAAUGAGUAUAAAUAGCUAAAGAAUCUCCCACUCCAAAAGAAAGAAAAAAAGAAAGAUCAAGGCCCUAAAGACCCCUAAUAGAUUAUUAAUAAAUAUAACUAAGUUCUAAGCCCUUUAUAAAAGCCCUUAUUAUAAAUAAUCUACUAUUCCCCUUUA